CGGAAGUGACGCGUCCCCGGCCGUCGCCUCGGGUGGGCGGCCUCCAUUCCGGUUCCGGUUUGAGAGCUCUUGUGGAGGAAGAAAGCAAGGGGGAGGGGGAGAGUCUGGUAGGGGUCUCCCCCCCUCUUCGUCGCGGCUCCGAAGCGGCGGCCAUGGAGUUCCCCGGGGGAAAUGAGAAUUACCUGGCUAUCACGGGGACGACCCACCCUUUCCUGUCAGGGGCUGAGACUUUCCACACACCAAGUCUGGGGGACGAAGAGUUCGAGAUUCCACCCAUUGCCCUGGACGCCGACCCUUCCUUGGCUGUUUCUGACGUGGUUGGGCACUUUGAGGACUUGGGUGACCCCGUAACUGCCCCCGAUGCCACAUUCUCGGCCCAAUAUGGGGUUCAGGCCCUUGACAUACCUGUGGGCAUUAGCCAUGGUCUUAUGGAACAAGGGGGUGGGCUGCUGAGUGGUGGGCUAGCCAUGGAUUUGGAUCACCCCAUGGGAACCCAGUACAGCGCCAAUCCGCCUGUCACCAUUGACGUGCCUAUGACGGACAUCAGCACUGGCCUCAUGGGGCACGGGCAGCUGACCACCAUUGACCAGUCGGAGCUGAGCUCUCAGCUGGGGCUCAGCCUGGGAGGAAGUUCCAUCCUGCCUCCCGCUGCCCAGUCCCCCGAGGAGCGGCUUACACCCACCCCUUCACCCGCCAAUUCUCUGCAGGAGGAGGAGCCAGAAGAAAUCAGGCGGCAAGUUUCUGUCGCCAAACCAGCCCCGCCUGCUUCGGUGGUGCCCCCGCCGGUUGCAGCACCCGCGGUCGUGCUGGACAUCGGGAAGAAGCAGAAAGCGCCCAAGAAGCAGAAGAAAAAGAAGGACCCCAACGAGCCCCAGAAGCCCGUCUCUGCCUACGCCCUCUUCUUUCGGGACACCCAGGCGGCCAUUAAAGGGCAGAACCCCAAAGCCACCUUCGGCGAGGUCUCUAAGAUUGUCGCCUCGAUGUGGGACAGCUUGGGAGAGGAACAGAAGCAAGUGUACAAGCGGAAAACGGAAGCUGCCAAGAAGGAAUAUUUAAAAGCGUUAGCUGCCUAUCGGGACAACCAAGAGUGCCAAACCACAGUCGAGACGGUGGAGCUGGACCCGAUCGCUUCUCCUUUGGAGCCGCCGGCCCCUGUUGUGGAAUCGGCGUCUCCUCCGGCUCCGGUGACGCCCAACCCUCCGGCUUUAGAGAGUCCGCCUCCCCCACCGCCUCCUGCUAUCGUCCCCGCCCAGCCCACGGUGGUGGUGACCUCCAGCGCCGGCCCCCAAUCGGCCGGCCAAACCAGCAUCACCAAGAUCAUCAUUCCCAAACAGAUGCUGCCCUCCUCGCUGGCGGUCACGUCGCAAGGGGGCGUGGUGACGGUGAUCCCCGCCACGAUGGUGACCUCGCGGGGCAUCCAGCUGGGGCAGCUGCAAGCCGGGACAGGAACCACCCAGAUCGUCACGCGUUCGGUUUUAGCUGCGGCCGCUGCGGCCGCCUCGUCAAUGCACCUGCCGCGGCUGCAGCCUCCCCCUCUUCAGCAGAUGCCUCAGCAGCCCCCUGCCCAGCCGGUCACCAUUCUCCAGCAGCCCCCUCCUCUUCAAGCCAUGCAGCAGCCUCCUCUGCAACAGAAGGUGCGCCUCAACCUCCAGCAGCCCCCGCCUCCCCUGCAGAUCAAAAUCCUGCCCCCGCCGGCCCUUCAGAUCCAGCCCAUUGCUCUGCGGACGGAAGAGAGCAGCCCCGAGAGGACCAGCACUGAGCUCCAAACAUCUCCGGAGCCCAUCGAUGUCGUGCCGGAGGUGGAGUCUCCAACGCAAAUGCACGUGGAGCUUGUCUCCGAAUCGCCCGUGGCCAUGUCACCCCGCCCUCGCUGCAUCCGGGUGGGCUGCGACAACCCUCCCGUGGUCAACAGUGACUGGGACAACGAAUACUGUAGCAACGAAUGCGUGGUUAAACACUGCAGGGAUGUGUUCCUAGCUUGGCUAGCCUCUCGCAAUUCCAACAACAAUGUCGUCUUUGUGAAAUAACACCCCACUCCCAUAAUAACAGUGGUGGGGAAAGAAACUACGCAGUUUUGUGUUGCCGUUGCACAUUUCUGCCCAAAAGGACGAUGUCCAAAUCCGGGAAAAAAAGAAGAAGAAGAAAAAUCUCUUCCUUGCAACUGUGAGGGUUGGGAAAGCAGGUUCUGGACAUCUUCUCAGCUGAAGACCCACCAGCAAGAGGAAAAAAACAAAAACAUCCCUUUGGAGAAGGGUGUGAGGAAGAAAACUGUGGGGUGGCACUGCCUUCCCCCCUCCCUCUCUUUUUUUUUUUUCUAUACACAAAAUCUCUUUAAUAAUAAUGUUUCUCUUGACGGAGCGAUUAAAAGCUGGAAGAGGAAAGUCGGCUGAAAUCUGCCAUGUACUUCCUGGGGGAGGGUUAGGAAAAUAAAACCAAAAAAAAAAAAAAAAAAGGAUGGAUUCAGUGAGCAGGAAUUCCUCUGCUAGAGGUGGCAAAGGAUGUUUCCACGGCAGAUGGUGGGAGGUGUGUGUGUGAGACCAUGGCGAAAGGUGGACUUGAUUGUGCGGUUGUGAGUGAGCCCUCCCUGUUCGUUCAGCCUGCAACCCUGGUGCGAAUAUUUGGAUCUGUGAGGCUCCCAUUAACCUCGUUUGAGGGAGCAACUUCGUUCCUGCAUCAUGCCCAGCUAAACCCCAACCACCUUGUUAACACUGCAGGUAGUCCUCGACUUACCACCACAACCGAGCCCCGAAUUUCUGUCGCUGAGCGAGAUAUUGGUUCGGGGAGUUUUGUCCCGUGCUACGACUUUUCUUGCCGCGAUGGUUAAAUGAAUCGCUGCGGUGGAUAAGUGAGGGGUCCGGUGGUGAAGUGAACCUGGCCAUUGACUUUCCUCCUCCGAAGGUCGCAAAAAUAAAAACCACGCGACCUUGGGACGCAGCAACGGUCGUUAAGUGUUUUUUUCCUAUCGGGGCAACCAGGUCUACCCAAAUAUGGGGCGGAGCAUACUGCUUCCGCUUUUGCCUUUCAGCCCCAAUCCAGGACCCUUCAUGGGCAGUCGCUUUUGGGACAAACUUUUUUGUGUUAAAUUUAUAUUUACAAAGAGAGAGAGAAAGAGAGAAAGAAAGAGAAAAGAAAGAACGAGACUAGUAUAGAUCUAUUUCAAGCUAUUUAGCUCUCAUCAGCUAGCUCAGAGGUCGGCAACCUUAAACAAGAGCCACAAAGGUCCUAACCGGAAGCCCCCCCGGCUCAAUUCUAGAGCUGUCCAGAAGUCCGGUUCCCGCACUAGUGUCGUCUCCUAGCACAGCAUCCUUUUUCCUCUGCCGACCGGAAGUCCGGUUCCCCUACCAUAGAGUCUCCUCCUAGCGUGGCGUCCUCUUUCCUCUAUCUGUCCUAAUUGAAAGCCCUAUGAAUUGUGGAGCUGACUGGUGAAAGCCGCAGCAGAGGGAUGAAAGAGCCACAUGCGGCUCCAGAGCUGCAGGUUGCCAACCCCUGAGCUAACCUUACUCUUCUGCGGAAGCAGCAUGCUCCACCCCAUAUCUGGGUAGACCAGGUUGCCCUGAUACCAAAAAAAAUUAAUACUUAAUCUCUCCCCUGGUACAGCCAACAAAGUGAGCAGAGCCCAUGCCUUUGAGGUUCAUACAUCUACCUAAUAUAUACAAGCAGCCCGGGUUUGAAUCCCAGAAGGGUAUGGCUAGCUGAUGAGACCUUAAAUAGCUUGAAAUAGAUCUAUAUAGUAAGUCUCCCUUUAUUUAUUUCUUUGUCGGUAAAUAUGAAUGCAAUACCAUGGUCGUCAAGUACGAACCGGUUGCCAAGCCUCUGAAUUUUGAUCGCAUGAUGCAAAAGUCGUAACUAUGAAAAACAGUCGCACUGUAACUUUGGUCACUAAGAAAAAAGCUGUAAGUUGAGGACUAGCUGUAUAAACGGUAGUUAAUUUAUAAUAAUUGUGGAUUGAUAAAAAAUCCAUAAUAGUAGCUUGGGGCUCAUACAAACCCAGCCAGUUGAUUCCCUCCCAAUUCUAGAGCUGCCAUAGGAGAGUUUUAAUCCCUCGUCCAAGAAGCUUCUUGAAUGAGAAGCGAAAUAUUUUCAAGAAAAAAACUUAAGUCCAGUUACUUUUUGUAAAAAACAAAACAAAAGCAAAACACCUUUGGACAGGGGUGUGGUUCAAAAAUUUUAGCAAGGGGUUCUCUGCCUGGUUGCUGGGUGGCCGUGGCCUAGUUCGCCUCCUGCACCAUGGGGUGGGGUGGGGGGGCAUUUUUGCCCUCCCCAGACUCCGGAGGCUUUUCUUGAGCCUCCGGGAGGGCAAAAACAGCCUCCCCAGGUUCCAGAAUCCCUCUGGAGGCUGGAAACAGGCCCGUUUCCAGCCUUCCCGUACUUACGGUAGGCCUGUUUUUUGCCCUUCCCAAACUUCCACGCACGCCCUGCACUUACCUGUAACCAAAACGGGCUGCGUGGGGACUCCUGGGGUGGGCGGGGCCAGCCAGGAGUGGGACUUGGGGAUUCUCCAAACUGCACAGAAUCUUAGCUAGAGGUUCUCCCGAACCCCCAGCAGCCCACCUCUGCCUUUAAAACAAGCCUGAGAUGCAUUUAAAAACAUUCAGUGCAGGGCCUGCUGCUUCACCUUGUGGCAGUUUGAUAGCACGGGUGAAAUGCUCCCGGUUCUGACCGGAUCUCGCGAUCCGAUUGUGAUUGUGGCCUGUG